UUUUGUGGUCAUGCUUCUGGUGCAUCUGGGUUCUCUGUUAUCUGUCACUGUCAUAUAUACACAAGAUAAGAUAUGACAAUUAUGACAUGACAUGAAUGAAGAAUACAUAAGGAAGAAUUAAAAUCUACAGUUGUCCUUUAUAAACAUGACGACCGAACAAAAAUUUAAUGCUGCUGUGAAUGUCAUCAGAAGUUUACCAAAAAAUGGUUCCUACCAACCCAGUAAUGAAUUGAUGCUUAGAUUUUACGCAUAUUUUAAACAAGCAACAAACGGAACAUGCGCAGGAUCGCGCCCCGCUUUUUGGGAUAUUGUAGGAAGAGCAAAGUAUGACGCUUGGAAGAGCCUUGGCGAUAUGCCUAAGCAAGAGGCAAUGACAAAAUAUGUCGAUGAAUUACAUUCGAUAGUAGAAACUAUGAGCUAUUCAGAUAAGGUAGCUAAUUUCCUAGAAGCUCCUACCAAUGAAUUAGAUGCAAUAAAUUUUGACGACUUGGAGUUAAUUGCUGGAGAUGUUAUCGAAAGAGUUAGAUCACAACCUAAUUCACCUUUAGCAUCAAGAGAAGGUUCUCCAAUUAGGUUUGGUUCUAAAAGUCCCAGUGCAGGAUCAACUCCUUCUGUUGCUCCCAGUACUCCAGAUGACUCAGAUCACAGUGAUGAUGAAUAUAUUGACACGAUAGAGGUAUUUAAUCCUGAUCCCCAAAGAAUGAACAUAUCACACGACGUUAUUCCAAAUGGAUACAUACAAACAGCACAAAAUCAACAUACGUCAAGAUCAAAAAUUAAAUCCACUACAAAUGUAGAUGUGUCACAGGAAAUAUCUUUGGCUGUACAAAGCCUGCGAGCGGAUAUCGAAAAUAUAUCGAAGAAAGUUAAUUCGUUGGAAAAUGCAAAUAGGUUGGUAGCGAAACGACAAAAGAGAUUAUUUCCAGGAGUCCCGAAUAAUUUCUUAGUUUUUGUCAUAGCAUGGCCUUUUAUAGCCACAUUUAUCAUGAAUCGAUAUUUGUAUCGAAGGAAUCUUUAGGAAAAUUUGAACAAAUGUGAAGUUUAGAUACCUGAUACUGUAGAAAAAAACUAGUCUUUUAAUAUCAAAUUGUUUUUUCGAAGUAGACUGUCGAGGAUAGCGAUUUAUAAGAACUUAACAUUGACAAAAGGCCUGCUACCAGUAGACAAAAAAUAAAUAAUCCUAUAUUUCAUCCAAGGAAACAAAAAAAUAAAUUUAAUUUAAUAGCUGUCUAUAAAAUAACGUGAUUCAUGUUGUAAAACACUUUUUCUUUUCAUAUAUUAGCGACAAGUACAUAAUUGAAUUAUCCAUCUCAUGAUAAUAAGUAAUUAUACCUUUACUGUAACUAAUAUGUAACAUAUAACCAAAACUGGUACGUAAUACUUUAUGCAUUAAUUUUAGAGACAUUUUUUUCAGCAUAAUGUUCAUUACACUUCAAGUGAUAUGUUCAGAUUCAAUUUAAACGAUAUUUUGUAUUGGUAUUUUUGUUUCUUGAAGAAUAUUUUUCUUGUUUGACAGACCAUGCAAGCACUGAGAAACUUAAGUGCGAUUAAUUACUUAGAAAUGUCUAGUUGUUUUUAUUUUCGAAGGACUUGUGUUUCUGCUUCUCUAGAUAUUCUGCAAAAUCCUGCUCGAAGGACCAAAUACGAUGAUUGCAUUUUACGCUAGAUACCACACAGUUCAAUGUUUAGAGUCAACAAGGUUUUUCCAUUUAAAAUGUUGUGGAGUGCUGAUUCAUGUAUAUUUUGCAUCUGCUAUCUGGUGCUACUUAUAAUUAAACUGUAUCAAAUAAAAAAAUGACUAUAGCGUAAACUUUGAACUACCACAGUUUGAUAUUUUGUUCUUCUUAAAGGUACAUUUUUACAUUGGAAGAGAAUAAAGGGCACAUGCUAUUAUGUUUUGGUGUCAACACUUCCAGUUUGAGCGGGCGAACAAAUACAAAUAUUGGAAUGAGUAAUAGUGAACAAUUGUUAGAAUCAAAAACAGAAGAAAGAAUAAGAAAGAAAACAUUCCAAAUCUGAAACAUUUCAUGUUUCAUUGGUUUCUCUGAAAGUUAACAGCAAUUGUAUAAUUUUUCAUAAAUAGAUUUUAUACAAUUUUAGAUCAAAUUGAGAUCAAUUUGUCGACAGACACGGGAAUGAUAAAAAAAUAGAAUUGUACAUACUAUUAAUAUUAAUACAAUUCUGUAAUAUUAUUAGUUGGUUGCAUCUACACGCCACACCUUGUAGAUGGUAGUCGAUAGAAAUUAAUAUUAAGCGUUUAAGACAUACAGAAAAAAUUGUCAUAACCCAAUUUAGUGUAUCAAACAUCUUUGGUAAUUUUAGUUAAAAAAUAAACUCUUGUUUUACGUUUUUGUUUCCAGAUCAGAAGCAGUUUUGUUAUGUUGUAUAUAGUUUUGUUUCAAAACUUAACAAAAUAGGAUAGUUUCUUUCAUUAAAGCAUUCUACUUUCAAAACGCUUACAGUAUGGAAUCUUAAACAUCAAGUAAAUAAUUUAUUUGAUAUUUGUAACAAGAUAUUUCAUAAUAACGGACAGACCACAAAAAGAAAAAUAUUUACAGCAUCUAAUUCAUGAUUUUUCACAUAUGUAUGAAAACUUUUCACACUUUAAGUAAAUCUUGAAUAUAAGAUCCAGUAAUCAUUGUAAAGCCCAUCUCUAAUUUAAAUAUCUAGCGGUAUAACAAUAUUAUGGCCUUUAAUGUAACACUAAGUAGUAAGUAUUUUGUCAAUGUUUCUUAAAUGUUGUGGUUAUAGCUAAACCAACUCAAAUGGACGUUAAAAAUUAUUCUGGUAUCUAAAUUCUUCAUAAUUAAAUGGUAAUGUCUUAAAUAUAAUCAAGCUGGUUCAAUUUUAGGGGAUUUUUAAUUGUAGGUGGUCUCAGCCAAUAUCCAUAUUGAUAUAUAAAGGUUGUAAGAUUAUUUUAUUUUCUAUUGUUGGUGAUAUUUAAGUAAACUUAUACAAUGUCAUAUUUUAAUUGUUAUGUAUAUAUGAAGUUUUAUAUUAUUUUGGUUUAAAAUAAACGAUUGAAAGUGUUUGAUAGUAUUUUGAUACGACAAUGCACAAAAUAAUCUUUGAGUAUAUUAAUUUUGACCUCAAAACAAUUAAACAAUAUUUUAUGUUGCCAACAUUAUUAUAAAAAGCUUUUUAAUAAUUCAAAGAAGACUAGUCAAAAAACUUUUUUUAAUAAAAGUUUUAAAAUGCUAUUAAUCAGUUUCAUCUUUUUAUUCUGGUGUUGUCAA